CGAUGUGGCUGACACCUUGUAACAGGUCAAGCUUUGUCAUCUUUAAGGCGGUGUCACGGGAAAGUCGGAGCGUCCCCAACAAAAGGACACGCACAUAUGUAUGUACUUUCUUAAAGAUUUUUUCCACUCCUGGAUGCGGGAGAUGCUGCGUACUGGUGGCUUACAAGUCAUAAAGCUUAAUUGUUAAUAGUUUUGAUGUAUGUAUAUAGUAGAUGUUUCAAGUGGAUUUAUUUCUCCCAUUGACAGUCGUUUAAAAAUCCGAGACAGGUUUGAACUUCUCGAACCGCAAAAUGACGAGGUUGCCCCAUCAAGGCGGGGGUUCCACAAUCAGCUGUUUGGGCUUUCCAGCUGACAUCGCCAAACAGGUGGGCAAAGGCUAAAUGUUCUGAACUUUGCAGCGGGCGCACGGAAUAUGGGACCUCUCCAGCGUGUACGGCAGCUGCUGAGCCUGGGUAGCCGGAUCCGCAGUCGAAGGCCCAUCCAUGAGCAGCGGGAUGCGCCUGCCCAGAAAAGAAGGGUUCCGGUCUUGCGACUAAGUCUUCUGGCGGUCGGAGCUGGUGCUUUGGGAUACGAUGGAGUAGUGAAUGACUUCACUUACUGUGGAGCCUCUGUGCGUUUCGUACGAUCUCUGAAAACCGCCGGAUUGAUAGCAGCCGACUAUCUGAGGCUGGACGAAAACGAUCCAGAGUACGAGACCAAGGUGAAGGUACUUCACAAGAAGAGCGCCGAACGAUUGCUGGAGACGUGCCUUCUCAACGGCGGCUUAUACAUCAAGGUGGGCCAGGGAUUCGCCGCCAUUAAUCACAUCCUGCCCGUCGAGUACACCAGCACGCUGUCGUUGCUCCAGGAUCGCUGCCUGCCCACCACCCAGGCGGAUGUGCAGAAGGUCUUUCGCAAGGAUUUCGGCCAGUUGCCGGAGGAUAUAUACCAGGAGUUCGACUAUCGACCCGUGGCGGCCGCCAGUUUGGCACAGGUCUUCAAGGCAAAGUUGCCCAGCGGCGAACAGGUGGCCGUCAAGGUGCAGUACAACGAUCUCCAGAAGCGAUUCAUCAGCGACCUGGGCACCAUCAUCUUCCUGCAGGACAUUGUCGAGUUCUUCUUCAAGGACUACAACUUCGGCUGGAUCCUGAAUGAUUUGCGAAAGAACCUGGUGCUGGAGCUAAACUUCUUGCAGGAGGGCCAAAAUGCUGAGAGAUGCGCCAAGGACAUGGCGAAGUUCACCUAUGUUCAUGUCCCCAAGGUCCAUUGGUCGUAUACUAAAACGCGCGUACUCACCCUUGAGUGGAUGGACGGCUGCAAGAUUAACGAUCUGAAAACAAUAGCAAAACAAAAACUUAGCCUAAAGGACAUAGAUGUAAAGCUGUUUAAUGCCUUUGCCGAGCAGAUUUUCUACACCGGUUUCGUACACGCCGAUCCACAUCCAGGAAAUAUUUUUGUGCGACCAAAUAGCAAAAACGGCCGAGCGGACAUUAUUCUUCUAGACCAUGGCCUUUACGAAGAACUUCCCCAGAAUGUGCGUGGACCUCUCUGCGAAUUCUGGGAGGCCACCGUUCUGCGCGAUGAGGCAAAGAUGCAGGCGGCCGCUGAACGGAUUGGAAUUGCCGACUACAUGCGCUUCGCGGAAGUGCUUUUCCAGCAGCCCCUUCGCAACCGAGGUGGCCGCAUCCGUGGCAAACUGUCGCAGGAGGACAUCGAUCACAUGCAGGAGAUCGCCAGGAAGAACUUUGAGCACAUUAUGGGCACCCUGAAGGAGAUGCCCAGGAGUAUGUUGUUUGUGGUCCGCAAUCUUAACACAGUACGAGCAAUAAGUCACCAGCAUGGGGACGUUGUUAAUCGGCCUCGAGUAAUGGCCCGCUAUGCCCAGAGGGUCCUUUAUACUCACGACGGCCGAUCGCCCCUACAAUAUAUCCGCUGGCUCAGCAGACGCAUCUACUUCGAGUACUGUCUCUUCUUAUCAGCCUUCAAACUGCGUCUCUUCGACUGGUACUUCAACAUCCUCUAUCUACUGGGACGUGCUCCUGCCUCGGCCAGAACUGUAAUGAGGGAUAUCAUGCAGCCCCCGGAACCAGAGAUGCUGAGAUGAGUGCUCACCUGCUUAUCAUAAUAUAUCCUAAAUCAUAAGUUGUAAAAUGUAUUUUCUAAGUAAAUGUUGUAUGUAGCCUAAUCUUCCAUUGACUUAUUCUCAAACAUAUUUAACCUGUGCAUUUAAAAUUCUUAAACCCAUGACAAAUUGGCCUUAAUAUUGUAACAAAUUUGAAUGAGAAUGAGUCGGUAAUAGAUGUAUAUUUAUUUUGUAAGUCUAUAUUGUAUAAAAGCCUUUGGACGCUUUACUAUAAUUGGAAAUUACGGUGUAGGAAUUGUGAAUAAAUUGUAAAGUGCAAUGCUUGACUGCUUGUCAAAAGGGAA